AUGAGUACGAAUCUCAAGAAAAAACGACCACCGACUGAUUUGAACCAGGGAAGAGUUGUAAAAAAUUUUAAGAACAACAUUCCUGGUAAAGACUGGUUGGCUUCUUUUUUUUCACGACAUCAAUCUCUUUCACGGCGACUUGCUAACAAUAUCAAAAGAGUCCGAGCUCAAGUGUCGGAAGAUGUCAUUUCCAAUUUUAUAGAAAACAUCGACAAGGAACUAGAAAGCGUUCCACCCGAAAACAUAUUCAACUACGAUGAAAGCAACCUUUGUGAUGACCUAGGAAAAAAGAUUAUAUUACGCAGAAGAGGAACAAAAUAUCCGGAAACAAUAGUAAACGCUACAAAAGUUAAUUUUACUAUCAUGUUAUGUGUCAACGCCGCUGGGGAAACAGUUCCACCGUUCAUCGUUUGUCUUAUAGGGAACUCUUUUAUGCAUAAAUUGGUGCAGUACCGAGCUGAGGCGUGCCCAGAACAGAAAACAAUUAGGAAAAAGAAACUUAAUGUACCACCUGGAAAAUCAAUCUGUGUCACUGACCUUGCAGAAGCAGGUCCAUCCGGUUUACAGCAGGCUAAAACUAUAUAA